AUGGAGCCCAGAGUCAUCUCAGUCCCCAACGAGACUGUAGCUUCCUUCUCGCGUACCACGUGCGAUGGAAGACAUCUGCUCUACAAGCUCAAACUCCGCAUCUAUGAUGGCGAGGAGGUCAAGGAAAAUGACAUUACCUUUGCCAUGAACGCCAACUACUUCCUCUUCGCGACUCUGGAACAAGCACGUCCUAUCGCACAGGGCCGUGUCCCUAACAACGAUCCAGCCCGAUUGACCGUUUUGACUGGUACUCCGGUCGCUGGUAUGGUUUACCUGGAUCGUCCCGACCAAGCUGGAUAUUUCAUCUUCCCCGACCUCUCCGUUCGCCACGAGGGAAAGUACAGACUUGGUUUCAGCUUGUACGAGGAGCUCAAGGACCCCAAGGACGCAGACCAGUUGGACGAGGUAGCUGCAGCUGCAGCUGCUCAGGGAGAGGCACAAAUCACCCAUCGCCUUGAAGUCAAGUCACAGCCAUUCACUGUUUACAGUGCUAAGAAAUUCCCUGGCCUUGCUUCCAGCACCCAGCUCAGCCGCACAGUGGCUGAUCAAGGAUGUCGUGUGCGCAUCAGACGUGAAGUCCGCAUGCGCAGACGCGAAAAGGGCAAGGACUACGACGGCUACUCGGAUCGUGGUAGACACUCGGCUACUCCUGAUGCCUACCAGUCCCAUAUGACCGGAGCUCAUCCUGGCGCUGAGGCUGUAGAUCGCGAAAGAUCGGCCAGCAUUGCCAGCCAUGUAUCUCUUGCUGCUGCUCCCUCAUCCCGUCGUCCAUCCGGCCAUGAUCUGUGUCAAACUUACCCUCAGCCUUCGUACCCUCCACAGGUCACUGCCCAACACCCCGCGGUACAGCCGGCUCCUCCUGCACAGCCCCAGUACUCGCAGGCACCUACUCAUCAGUAUGCCGCACCAUAUGCGCAGCCACAAGCUCAGAUGCAGCCUCCACCUAUGCAGCCUCCUCAACCUCAGAUGCACUAUGGACAGUACCAAUAUCCUCAGGCUGCAGCACCUGCUCCCACUCACCAGCAACCUGCCUACUACGGAUAUGGUCACCCAGCUCAACAGCAUGCUCAAUAUGAGGAGCCUGCUGUUGCAAGAACCAUGAGUGUCGACUACUCGCACGGAGCACCUGCUCCUGUCCAUGCAGACCCUCGCCGUCACUCGAUGAUCCAGCCAUCUUCCUAUCCUCACAGCAGCCAGCCUCAGACAUACUCUUCUCAGUACCAACAGCCAGCCUACACUCCUCAGCAGACGCCUAAGAUGAGGCAGAUGAGCCAGGCAUCAGCAGCUAGUGCAUCGGCAAUUGCACCCCAUGUAUUGCCACCAAUCAACACAUCUCUUGUGCCUCAGGCGAAGCUCGAGAUCUCGCCGCCAUCCAGCGCAGUAUCUCAGAGCCACUACUAUGACAUGGCUAGAGCUUCGGAAAAUGGUCAGGUCAAUGGCAAGCGCUCAUACGAUCGUGUGUUCGAUACACGUCACCUGAACGCACCGCUGAGACAGGGAGCUAGACCAUCGCUGUCGGGUUACGGACAUCUGGUGGCCGAUGACGGCAACGACAGUGAGCUUGCAGAGCUGGAAAGCUUGAAGAUGAGCUACAGACGCGCGGACGGACGCGAAAUUGCUCGCCCUCUACCCCCAAGCCACGACUAA